AUGGCUGGCGCACUCUUCGCUGUGUUUAGGACCUUCAUCCGCAAGAACACUGUCCUUCUGACCACUGCUUUUGCCGGCGCCUUCGCUUUUGAGCUAACACUGACCAAGCAAUACCAACACAGUGCCUUCGAUAUCACCUCCAACAAGGUCUGGGAUAGCUGGAACCAGGGCCGCCAAUGGAAGGACAUCAAGCACCGCUAUAUGGUUAAGGAGGAGGAGGAUGAUGAGUAG